AUGGAAACCUAUGCGAGCAUGGUACAGGUGCACAUAGAACCUGGAAUCAGGAGAGGACAAAUGGUAACCUAUGCGAGCAUGGUACAGGUGCACAUAGAACCUGGACUCAGUAGAGGACAAAUGGUAACCUAUGCGAGCAUGGUACAGGUGCACAUAGAACCUGGACUCAUGAGAGGACAAAUUGUAACCUAUGGGAGCAUGGUACAGGUGCACAUAGAACCUGCACUCAGGAGAGGACAAAUGGUAACCUAUGCGAGCAUGGCACAGGUGCACAUAGAACAUGGACUCAGGAAGGACAAAUGGUAA